ACUCUUGCAAUGAAUGAAAUUUUUAAUCAUUUGAUAUUCAUACACCAUUUAACAGGAGUAAGAUCAUUUCCAAUUACUGAGUAUAUUUCAUCGGAGCUCGCCGGAGUAUUUUGGCCGGAGCUUUUAUGAAACCGGGAAGAAAGACAAUAGAAGUACAGAACUGAGAAGCACCCGACCCAACCCGACAAAAUCCCCUUUCUCAACAAACCCUAGAGUAGUCAUUCGAAAUUCAAUUUUAGGGAUUUUAAGGCUCAUUUCACGCUUAACAAAUGGAUAUCGAUAUUUCCCGUUGGAUUCUUGAAUUCAUCCUCCGGCAACCGCUCGACGACAGCAUACUCAACGCUUUAGUUCACACUCUUCCCCUUCCAAACGAUAAUUUGAACCUCAAAAAAGCCCUUAUCCUCAGAAAACUCGAAUCCGAGAUUUCUAACAGUUCAGUUACUGAGAAAAUCCUCGAACUUCUGGAACUAUUCGAGGAACUAGAUCAUCAAGAAGGAAUUGAAACUUUAAAGGAAAUGAAAUCCGCGUAUUGUGCGGUGGCAGUGGAAUGCACGGUGAAAUUUUUGAAUCAAAAAGGAGCGGAAAGUGAUAAAGGAAAGUAUUUUGAAGCGGUAAAGAGGAUAUGGAAAAAGAGAAUUAAUUUAAUGGAAAAAAUAGAGAAUGUAGGUUUCGUAUGUGAAGAGUUAUGGGAUUGGAGGGAUGAAAUAGAAGCAGCGUUAUGGGAAGAUAAGUGUUGUGACAAUGUGAUAAGGAGAAGUAAAGGCAUAUUUCCUGUUGAGGCGGUUGAGGUUUUCGUUAGAGAAGCUAAAGAGAGAAUUGGGCCUCCUUUUCUUGAUGUUGUGGCGGAGACUUACAGGAGUGAUGAUGCGGUGAGGGAAUUUUUUGGAGGGGUGAACGAACAAGGGACUUGCAGGAAUAGUGUCAGAGAAGUGCGCAAAGGAAAUGCAUUGCCCAGGCAGAAGCAUGUUGCUUUCAGACGCACCAGAGGAGCAUCAGCUGGGACAUGUGGAGGUGUUAGGAUCAGUGACUCUAUUGAGUUGGGACUUGAUGCAUCUGGUGGACAGGACAGCUUCCUGCCUACGCCUGAAAUCGAGAAAGCACAGGAAGCACUUAAAUUGAGUUCGAAGGAGCUGCGUGCUAUGGUGAAGGAUCCUCUACCCGAUGCACUACAGUUUGCUGAGACUCUGUCUUCUUUGGUGAGGGAUCAUAUGGGUCAUCAGCCUGCCGAAAAUAACAGUGACAGAGCUCCUCAUCCAGUGGUUGCCAGUAGCAGAAUGGAUCAAGCUAAUGGAGAGAAUUGUGAGGCAAAUUGUCAUCCUAGUGCUGCAUCCAAGCCAGACCUAAUGAACCGAAAGAGUGCUGCCCAUACAUCUGAGCGGGACGAAUCAGCAGAUGAGUUAAAUGAAGGAUCACCAAGUGGUGUGAGGAGGUUUACAUUACCUAGCCCGAAGAGGACGGAAAUCUCUCCCUUGAAGAAAUAUGAAUUUAAAAAAUUUACCACGAGGAGAAAGCCCACGAAAUGGAGUGCAUUGGAAGAAGACACCUUGAGAACUGGUGUACAGAAGUAUGGUUCCGGAAACUGGACGCACAUCUUAAAUACUUAUCGUGACAUAUUUGUAGUGAGGACUGCGGGUGACUUGAAGGACAAGUGGAGAAACAUGAUGUCGUAGAGAUUUAUUUUGAAGAAAUUUGCUAACAUAUGUGCCUUUUGUUUUGUUUAGCAGAGGUAUGGCCUUGUAUAUAUUUUUUGUAUCAUGUAAAUGUCAAGCUGUUCCUAUGUAUCUUGUUCGAUGCAUAAAAUUUCAGAUGAAUAUUGUUGUAUAUCAUUCAUGGAAAGUGACAACAAAAAAAAGCUAUCAAGGGUCUGCCCAAAUUUUGUUGCAGAAUUUGUUUUUUGUCUGCCUUUAUUUUUGCAUGAAAAGCUUAUGGUCCCCAACCUCUCCUAAUUCCUCAUCACACCCAGAAGAUAAGAGGAGGAGCAGCCUUGUUUUGCUGACAUUUUGAAGUAGAUGUGCCACUUGUUUUAAAAAGAAGACGACAACAAGCCCGAAAUAUGUUUUCUUUCAUUCAUUUCUUACCAUCAGCUUUCAGUGUCCUUUAGCUUCACAAUUUAAUACAACAGGCUACCUUCACAGAGUAUCUCAAUUCUCAACAGAUGCAAAGGCUGGAUUAUUACUAUGAAAGAUGAGUACCGUCUGCCUCGAUUACUUCUGGGUUGCAGUGUGGUGGUUCCAUCGAAUUCUAAAAGCAGCUCAAGCCAAUCCUAUAAUGGUAACUCGAUUUUAAACAGCUAUCUGCUAAUAGUUCUUGCAGCUCUGCUACUUGCUCUGCUAUGUGCCCUUGACCUGAGGGCAAUCAUACGUUCUGUUUUACGAUACAACACGAGAUUUCCCUUAGAGUCCACAGAAGCUGCUACGUCACAUUUGGCAUCCAAUGGAUUGGACAAGGGUGAGUUGAAAAAGAUAGCAGUGAUGGUUUACGAGCCAGGAAUGAGGACGUUUUCUGCUACAGAUUGUCCAAUAUGCCUCGGAGAAUUUGAACAAGGAGAAAAGUUGAGAAUGUUGCCAAGAUGCAAUCAUGGCUUUCAUGUCAAGUGCAUCGAUGAAUGGUUUUCGUCGCAUUCAUCGUGUCCAACUUGCAGGCAACCAUUGGUUCUACACGAUGUUGAAUCCAAAACUUAGACGUUGCGGAGUUUGAGUUGAGCUAAAGAAUGAGUUUUAAAAUGUAUAUCUAACUGUCUAUAUCUGUUAUCUGCACAUAUAUAUGGUAUUCGACCGUAAGUAUGGAGUUCAAAUAUCUCAAUAAUCAAUCUUAGUUGAAAUCAA